CAUCCCUAACAACUGCGUUCGCGCCGUCGACGUCGGCGUUGUGUCGUCGCGCAACAACAAAAAUAAAACAAAAAGCAGCAAACAACAAACAAAACAAAAACAAAAAAUAAAACAUAAGAACGUAAUCCCUUUUAUUAAAAUCUACAGCAACAAAAAACACAACGACAGGAACAGCCGACAUACCCACACACAACUCGCACCCAAAAGACUGCAAUCUGCCUUAACCAAAGGAGCCAGAGAAAUUGGAAGGAAGGAACAUAUAGCGAUUUAUAGGGGAGCAAAUCGAGUGGAGAGAGUGGAAGAAGGGGGAAGGGGAGAAGGGAAAGUACGCAGAUUGAUUCUAGCACGAUCCGGAUCUGAAUCGGAACCAGCAAUUGAAUCGUUAACGGAAUCAAAAAAAAAAAAAAAAAAAAAAAAACUCGGCCCCGGCAAUUGAAAUCGGGAUCAAAAUGAGUUCGUUCAUCGAGCUGCUGGGACUUUUCCUGCUGCUGAUGCUGCCUUUUCUCUAUGAGACCAAUCACAUAUUCCGAUACUACUUCAAAUUCCUGAUGUACUACGGCAUCGUAUCCUUCAACUCGAUCGUCCUCAUCCCGGCCUUCCUAACGCGACCCUGUGAUGUUCGAAAUCUGCUAUGGGCGAGCACCUGGUGCCACCGCGUUUCAACGUUGAUCGGUUUGCGAUGGGAGCUGCGUGGCAAGGAGCACUUGGCCAAGGACCAGGCCUGCAUCAUUGUGGCCAACCACCAGAGCUCACUGGACGUACUCGGCAUGUUCGACAUCUGGCAUGUGAUGAACAAGUGCACGGUGGUGGCCAAAAGGGAGCUCUUCUACGCCUGGCCCUUUGGACUGGCCGCCUGGCUGGCGGGUCUGAUCUUCAUCGAUCGGGUGCGAGGCGAAAAGGCGCGCGAAACGCUCAACGAUGUCAAUCGGCGGAUCAAGAAGCAGCGGAUUAAGCUCUGGGUUUUCCCAGAGGGAACGCGACGCAACACCGGCGAACUGCAUCCGUUCAAGAAGGGCGCCUUUCACAUGGCCAUCGACCAGCAGAUACCCAUCCUGCCGGUGGUCUUCUCCUCCUACUGUACAUUCCUCAACGACAAGAAGAAGAUCCUGAAUGCGGGUCGCAUUGUGAUCACCACUCUGCCGCCGGUCAGCACCGAAGGUCUGACAAAGGACGACAUCGAUGUGCUGAUGGAGCGCGUUCGCUCCCAAAUGAGCGAGACCUUCAAGCAAACGUCGGCGGAGGCGUUGCAGCGAUACAAACCAAAGACGAAGGCCGGCGUUCCGAUCUCGGUAUCUGUGCAUCCUCCUGCAUCCGUGGGUCCUGCAGGAUCUGCGGCAGCCGCCGCCGCGGUGGCUAGCAGUAGUUCCGGCUAUGGACAGCCAUCGGGUUAUGGAGCCGGUGCCGCCAAGGCCAGCUUGCUCAAGACGCUUUAGGCGACAUUGGAGUUAAAUAAUCCACACACCCACUCAUAUCCAAAAACAAGAGAAUAGACACCUCAUUGGCGUAGCUGGAGGCUCCAUCAUUCAGAGGACAUGUCAAGCUAUUUACAGUCACAUUUUUAAGGCCUAUUUGGGAUUACAAAGUACGAACAUCUAUAGUAUGAGAAAGUAUUUACUUUUGUGUUAUUUUACCUUGUGAAGUCCUAAGUUUUAAAACCUCUUGUCUUUUAAUUAUUGCUAAUUUAAUUUAAUAACAAUUUGUUUAGAGCUGUAAUAUUUAGUUUUAUACUCAAAUACUCUACGUACGGUAUUAAAAUUGUUAAACAAUAUUUAAUCUAGAAAUUCAGUCGGUAUUAGCAUAUUUAUUUAAAUCAGGAAAGGUUAAUAUCCGAAGUGAAAUAAUUGUAAAUAUUCGAGUAAUCAAAAAAUAUGUAAACAACGAAUUUUAAAAAGUUGCUUUCUUGUUUUUGUUUUUUAAAUAGACUUGGCUGAAAGUAUUUAUACCUUACAAAACACUGCGCAAAAAUCGAUCAUAUUUAAAUUUAAGGAGGUGAAAUCCCAAGUAGGCCUAUUAGAAAAAAGUUUUUAACAUUUGUAAAUCUUACACGCUUUUUCGCUGUAUUGCAACUUUGCGAACUCAUUUCUGCCUGUAAUUGAGCAUCAUUUUGUAGAUUUGAGCACUUGCAUUAAUACUUUGUUCCAUCUAAGAGAUUAAGAAAAAGUGUAUUAAAAAAAAAUAUUUGACUUGACUCAAGAAAUGUUUCCGGCUGCAGCCAAAGAACAAGAGCACUCACACACAAAUAGUUUGGCUAACUAAAUGGCACCAAAACGAGUAUUAGGAGCAGUAACAAGCAAAUUGCGACCCUCGACUGUCAGACUUUAUCUUCUUAGGCAAUACAUACCAAAAACCAAACUAACAAACAAACCAAAAACAUGUAAUCUAACAUGCACUUUGCAACAGGAAUCGAAGAACUUGUUAAACUGAAAGACAUUCGGAUUAUACAGUAGAUAUUGAAUGUAAAUUUGUCUCUAACAAAUGUUAUAGCAAUUGUUAUAAUAUUAGAUACGUAUCUAUCCAUAGAUUUCAGUAAUCCCUUUUGAUAUUUUCUUCCUGUUGCCGCGUGUAGUUGUUAGAUAAAUAAACCAAAUACCUAUAUUAUAUAUAAACUUAUUUAAACAUAAAUUGUGAAUGACUAAAAUUGCAAAUGACAUUACAUACGUAGGCCGACAAAACAUGGUUGAUUUGUGCAAUCGACGAGCAGUUAACCGCGUUCUUUUAAAACCAAGCGUAUUUUAUUUACUAGACAUUCCCUAACUAGGUUAGGGUCCCCAUUAAAAAAGGUAAUCUGAUUCGAUUCACUUUGUAUCUUGUCUCACCUCACGGCAUCUAUGGAAUUUAAGGGAUCUUUAAACUAACACCUAUUUAUGUAUUGUAUCCAAUUAUAUGCCAUCUGUCUGGUGACGUGUUAACAUAACUUUGUAAAUACGAUGCGGUUUACUUUAAAGACAAAUCAAAAGCGAUAAGAUGACGAAGGCGAAGGAAACAAUUAAUUACGAGUAUAAUAAAUAUUUUUUUUCAAAUA